AUGGUUAUCGACACGCUAGCUGGCAUCAUAGCUGCCUUGAAAUGCAUACACGUUCAUGAUACGUGUGGUGUGAACAAUUUACAUAGAAUGCCAGGUAUUAUCGCAGAAAUCACAAGCAUUAUUGUUGCUUCGAUCGGCGAUCGAUCAGGUUAUUUGAGUCAUCUGACAGAUUCAUGUCUUAGUGGUGGAAAUCCUCGAAGUAAUAGCACGCAAUCAGCCUAUCAAGCUGCUGCACUGGGAAUGACACUAGACAUGGCUAUUGUUGGCGCAUUAGUUGCAGGUAUAGUGUUACCCUUGCUAAUCUUUGCUUAUAAAUCUCAAGAUUUCGACGACGAUUCUUGUGGGCCAAUUGCUCAAACUUCUACAAAAUUUUAA